CCCAGCUCCCUGGAUGGGCUGGCUCCCCACUCGACUGCCAGCCCAAGGCAGGACCUGAGGUCUGAGCUCUGCCCUGCCUGUACGAUGCCAAGAACGCAGCUCUGAGCUGACUGAGGGUAACACUUUCCUGGAGCAGAAAUCUGAUAUCCAACACUCUUGGCUUUGAACAAAAUGGAGGACUUGAAAUAUGACGGCACGGAGCGCCUGGCUGUGGACUACGUGGAGGGGAUUCUGCAGCCCAAGCCCACCUGUGACACCUGGGAUCAGAUCUGGAACUUCCGAGCCAGGCCUGAUGACCUGCUCAUUUCCACCUACCCAAAAGCAGGAACAACCUGGACGCAGGAGAUCGUGGACUUGAUACAAAACGAGGGUGAUAUUGACAGAAGCCAGCGGGCACCUACUCACGAGCGAUUCCCCUUCAUCGAGUGGAAAAUCCCGGGCAUGGAAUCUGGCUUGGAACAAGCUAAUGCAAUGCCCUCACCACGGAUCCUGAAGACGCACCUUCCCAUCCACUUGCUGCCACCAUCCUUCCUGGAGAAAAACUGUAAGAUAAUCUAUGUAGCAAGAAACCCCAAGGACAGCAUGGUGUCUUAUUACCACUUCCACAGGAUGAAUAAAGGGCUUCCUGCUCCAGGAACCUGGGAAGAGUACUUUGAGAGUUUUCUGGCUGGGGACGUGUGUUGGGGCUCCUGGUACGAGCACGUGAAGGGAUGGUGGGAUGCCAAGGACCAGCACCGCAUCCUCUACCUCUUCUACGAGGACAUGAAGAGGAACCCAAAGCAUGAAAUUCUGAAGCUGGCAGAAUUUACUGGAAAGAGCCUAGAUGAUAAAGUUCUGGAUAAAAUUGUCCAUUACAGUUCAUUUGACGUCAUGAAGCAGAACCCGAUGGCAAACUACACGUCGAUUCCAGCUCCAUUCAUGAACCACUCUAUUUCUCCAUUCAUGAGAAAAGGGGCCGUGGGAGAUUGGAAGAAUCACUUCACUGUGGCCCAGAACGAGAGAUUUGAUGAAGAUCACAAGAGGAAGAUGACUGACACCACUCUAACUUCCCACAUCCGAUUCUUGUAAGGAAGAAAAAGAACCAGAGUCCAUCAGUGUGAAAGCUAAUUAUCCCGACCACGUGACACUGGAUUCAGGUGGUCACACUAGUGCUCCCUGUGUUUGCUUUUGUUCACCCUAAAAAAAGUGACAGGGCUAUCAGAGGUCAGGGCAAGGUGGAGGGUGGGCAGGGUGGCAGCGUGAAAACCAUGGCCUCAUUGCUAAUUAUCAUCACAUGUCAAUUUUCCACAGAUCGUGCGCUUGUUAACGUAUUAAAAAUGCUUCGGUCAUCACACAGAAACACACUAAAAUUUACAGAUUAAGUUCAAGCCAAUUUUUAAAUGCAGCACUAAAAUGUGUAAACAGUUACUUCUAGCAAUUUCUUGGUAGCCAAGUAACCAUCAGGUGACUCUGUUUCUAAGUAACUCCAGAGCAUCCACCCCAGCCUCUCACCGCAGCCUCUGCAUUUAAUGGGACCCACCCCCCCAGCCCAGCCGCGCCGCAAUCCAACCCGGCCUCCCACCUUAACCUCCCUCCCUCCAGCGCCUCCGCAAUCCUGCUCUAAUCCAUCAGCAACAUCCGUUGGUUUUACUUCCAGGAAGUCUCAUCUCUACAGCCAUCCCCCUGGUUCAGAAGCCUCUCCCUCUUGCCUAUAAGCUACCUAACUCAUUUCUCUGUUCAUCAUACAUCUGCCAAGCUUGUUUUCCAACAAGACUCAUUAUAUUUCUCUUUAGCUCAGAGUCCUUCAAUGAUUCUGAAUAUUUGCUGCCUAGAAGAUAAAUCCCAAGCUUUUUAGCCAUGAAUUCAAAGGCAGCUACAACCAUACGACGCAGUUGACUGACCUUCCAAACCACCUUCCAGCUGGAUUUCAUUCUGCCAGGCACCCUCCUUGCCUCAGCGACGAGUCCCCGCGCUGGGCCCAAGCGCAUCUCACAGGUUCCCAGACGAUAGUUUCACUUUCACCCCGCCUCCUCCUGACGUUUCCUUUCCUUCCUUCCUACCCAUCCAAAA